AUACUAUAAAGGCGGAAAGAUGUCUUCGAAAUCGAUUCAUUUGUGUUUGAAUGUUUCGUGGGUUGCUUGGACAAAACAAUUGACGCUGACGACUUCGUUUUGUGUUUGAGACAGGAGUGGAGACUAUUUGAAAAAAAUGUUGCGAUUGGUGAUUGCAUUUGCUGUUUGCUCCAUUGUGGCAUCGGUGGACCAAACGAAUGAUUUAACCAAGGGAAUUUUUAGUUUUGCAUCAGAUUUGUACCAGGAAUGUGCCAAGUCAACGCAAGGAAAUGUGAUAAUAUCACCGUUCUCAGUGUCAAAUGCGCUUGUGCUAUUGUCUCAGGCGACCAAUGGAUCCACAUUCGAUGAACUGAAAAAGGGACUUCAUUUGAGUGGUGACAAAGCAGCGAUAGCAAACCAAUUUUACGAACAUUAUGGAUCGCUUCAACGUGGCGCCGGAAAGGCCACGCUUUCGAUUGCCAAUCAAAUUUACCUACAACAAGACUAUCCAAUAAACAAGAACUUCCAAGAAGUGGCUGCUCAACAAUUUUUGUCGGGUAUUGAGUCGGUGAAUUUUGCAAAUAAAGAUGAAACCGCACAAAAAAUCAACCGUUUCGUUGAGAAUAAAACAAAUAAGCGAAUUACAAAUUUAAUCAAAUCUGAUUCAUUGAGCGCUGAUUCCCGUGUCAUUCUGGUGAAUGCUAUCCAUUUCAAGGCCGAAUGGAAGGAUAAAUUCUACGAAGACUCCACACGUAAAGGAAACUUUUACAUUAGUGAAACGGAAACAGUGCCAGUUGAUUUAAUGUACAAUGAAGAAUGGUUCAGUUAUGCCGAUUUGCCGGAUUUGGACGCCACUGCGCUCAAAAUGGAAUACGCCGAGUCCAAUUUCUCAGCGUUAUUCGUAUUACCAAAUAGUCGAACCGGACUAUCUGCAUUAGAAACCAAACUGAACAGCGAUAGCUUAAAUUCAAUCACCGAUAAAUUGAGUGAGCAAAAGCUUGAAGUUUGGAUUCCGAAAUUUACCGUUGAAUAUGAAACAAGUCUGAAUGACGCUUUGAAAAAUUUGGGCAUCAAUGAAAUAUUUGCAUCGAAUGCAAAUUUGAGGGGGCUAUCGGAGACCGGUGAUGCAUUGCAAGUAUCAGAUGUUGUGCAUAAGGCUUUUAUUACAGUUUCCGAAGGAGGUUCUGAAGCUGCAGCUGCCACAGGCGUUAAAAUAGUGCUCCUAAGUGGUUCAUUUAAUGCACUGAAAUUCCGUGCCGAUCAUAAUUUUAUGUACUACAUCUGGGAUAAUAAUAGCAAAACUAUCGUUUUCAGCGGUCGCGUUGUAAACUUCAAUUGAAAUGGAAUAUUUAUUUUUAAAAAUGUGUGACGUGCAUUCGAUCAUUUGCACGACUGAAUACAAGUUGUGACGAUUUAUUGUAGAAACACGAUUUUCAAGUUAUGAAUCGUUUUGAUUCGAAACGAAAAUAAAGUUCAUGAUUCAUUUAUGUCGACAAUAAUAAUAAUAUAUAGCAAU